GAUCUUUAACAACAUCACUCAACUGAUAUCUCAACGACAGACACAUUCUACCUAUCUAGGUAUUCAACAUUUACGCAACCAACACAGUAUUCGUUGUUGAGACCGAGCCAUCGCAAUGGCCUCCAAUUCAGAACCCCAACGCGAGCAACAUGAGCCAGUUGCCAUUGUCGGCAUGGGAUGCCGUUGGCCCGGCGGUAGCCACACUUCAGAACAGUUCUGGAACUUCCUCUGCAACAAGGUCGAUGGCUGGAAAGAGUUUGACGACCCACGCUUCUCCUCCAAAGGCUUCCACCACCCAAACUCCGACCGCCCAGGAGGCUUUGCCAUGAAGGGGGCAUUCCUGGGUCGGGAUGAUGCUAGGCUGUUUGAUCACAGCUUCUUUGGGAUGACCCAACUAGAGGUGGAGACAAUGGACCCUUCACAGAGAAAGCUGCUCGAGUGUGCUUAUGAAGCCAUUGAGAGUGCUGGCGAGUCGCUCGAGAGUAUAUCUGGGAAACGGACUGGUGUUUUUGUUGGCAACUUCUGCCUUGACCAUUGGACACUGCAGUCACGAGACUGGGAUAAUCCGAGACCGUAUGCCUUUGUGGGAGCAGGCACCAGCAUUCUUGCCAACAGAAUCAGUUACAUCUUUAAUCUCCAGGGACCAAGCUUGACCAUUGACACAGCGUGUUCGAGCUCCAUGUAUGCCGUCCACUGUGCUGUCAACGCUAUCCGUGCCGGAGAUUGUGACUCUGCUAUCGUGGCUGCAGGCAACUGGAUAGCAGACCCUACGGUCCAAAUAGCCCUCGAUAAGCUUGGUGCUUUGUCUGCGUCGUCGAGAUGCCACACCUUUGAUGCCAGAGCCGAAGGCUAUGCACGUGGAGAGGGGUGGGGAGCCAUCUACCUGAAGAGACCCUCGACCGCUUUGGCGGAUAACUCGCCUAUCCGAGCUUUUAUUCGAGGCAGUGCUGUGAACUCUAAUGGUAGGACUGGUGGAAUCACGAGGCCCAGUGCUCUCGGCCAAGAGACGGUGAUUCGUGAAGCAUAUCGCAAUGCUGGUGGCCUUCCGUUCAAGGACACCAGUUAUUUCGAAUGCCAUGGAACAGGCACUUAUGUGGGAGAUCCAAUCGAAGUUGCGGCCGUGGGCAGGGUCUUUGCCUCGGUGCGAGAGCCAAGGGACCCACUCCUUGUCGGAUCAGUCAAGAGCAACGUGGGACACGGAGAAGGUGCAAGUGCUCUGGCGUCCAUCAUGAAAGUGGUGCUGGCUCUGGAGCGCGGUGCGAUUCCGCCCGUUUACGACCUCCAGACACGCAACCCCAACAUCGACUUUGACGCCGCCAAUGUGCAGCCCGUCACGGAAGUUACACCGUGGCCCGAGGGAAAGAUCCGACGUGCGUCUAUCAACUCAUUCGGAUACGGUGGUGCCAAUGCGCAUUGCAUCAUCGACCAUGUCACCAACGUCUGGCCGGAUUAUGUCGCUCCUGGCGUUUUCAACAAGAGCAGGGCGGUGACCAGCGGUCAUACCAACGGCCAUGCCAAUGGGCAUACAAACGGAUCGACAAACGGUCACACAAAUGGCAAUGGCAAUGGCACGUCAAAUGGCCAUCAGAACGGUUCUGUCCAACACAGUCCCGUCGUCAAGAUCAAGACGACUGCCGUGCCCGGGGCCAGCACUCGCCAAUCUGUUCUGCUGCCUCUCUCAGCGCACAAUGAACAAUCCCUCAAGCUCAACAUCGAAGCCUUGGCCAAGGCUAUUGACCAGUUCCCCUUGGCAGAUGUCGCAUACACACUCGGUAACCGUCGGUCUAAAUUCGCCCAGCGAUCCUUUGCCAUUGUGGACAAGGAUAAUGUCGCCAACGACCUUCUCAGUGUAAUCGACAAGAAGCCGACCAGAGCUCCGCUGCAUACCGCCAGUCUUGGAUUUAUCUUCACUGGACAGGGUGCUCAGUGGCAUGCUAUGGGGUCGGACCUUUUCCAGUACCGCAUCUUCCAAAACACCAUCCAGCAUCUUGACCAUGUCCUCGGCACGCUCUCCAACGUCCCUGCGUGGUCGUUGUACGACAUUCUCUCUGGAAACUGCGAUCCCUCCUUGAUCCAAACCGCCGAGGUCUCACAAGCUGCCUGCACGGCUGUUCAAGUCGCCCUUGUCGACCUUCUUGCUUCCUGGUCUAUCCGUCCUUCAGGUGUGGCUGGGCACUCAUCUGGAGAGAUCGCUGCUGCCUAUGCUUCUGGUCGGAUCACUGCUGCCGAGGCCAUAGUCGCUGCUUAUCUCCGAGGCCAGGCUGUCUCCAGAAACAAGCAAACAGGUGCCAUGUUGGCUGUCGGGCUUGGAUUCGAUGACGUUGUCAAAUACCUCGACGGCAAAGAGGACGAGGUCAAGGUGGCUGCCAUCAACUCCCCUGGUAGCGUGACCCUAUCCGGAGAGGAGCCCACCGUCGACAGCAUUUCGGCGGCCAUGACAGCGGAUAGUGUGUUUAACCGGAAGCUCAAGACCGGUGGCAAUGCCUAUCACUCACACCACAUGAUCCCCAUCGGCCGUGAGUAUGUCGAGCUCUUGACUGAGGGGACCGAGCACCUUCGUAAACUUGGCCUGGCCUCGUCCGAUGAUGCCGCCCGCUACCAGCCCACACUCUGGGUCUCCUCCGUAACUCCCGCGAAGAGCACAUCCGGUCUCGGCAGUGAUGAUCUCGCUUCCUACUGGAGAGCCAACCUCGAGUCCCCAGUUCGUUUCUCAGAAGCGGUGGCAGGUCUGGUGCAGAACGCCGAGGGGGUUCCUAUCCACGCUCUCGUCGAGAUUGGACCUCAUCCUGCGCUCAAAAGCCCUCUUGAGCAGAUCCUGAAGGCAGCGGGUGUCAAGAAUGUUGCGUAUGCUGGGUCGACACUGAAGCGAGGAGAAGGCGCUCAGACAUCGAUGCUGCAACUUGCUGGCUCGCUCUUCGCUCUGAACAGUGAAGUGAACAUUGCGGCCGUGAACGCGGUUGAAUCUUCCCACGAUGGGAAGGGAGAUCUGGAGCAUGGAGUUACCUGUGUUGACCUACCACCGUACCGGUAUACCUACGGUGGUCUCAACUACCACGAGAGUCGGGCAAGCAAGGAGUAUCGCUACCGAUCUAUUCUCCGACACGAUCUUCUUGGAUCCAAGAUUGCGGGCAAUGCCAAACUUCGACCACAGUGGCGAAACAUUCUUCGUCUCAAGGACGUUCCCUGGCUCGGUGACCACAGGCUCUUACCUGAUGCCGUUCUGCCUGGUGCAGGGUAUCUGGCCAUGGCCAUCGAGGCUAUUGCCCGUAUUCACAACGAGCUGCCUUCCAAUCCCCCCAUCGAAGGCUUUGUGCUCGCCGACGUAUCCAUAAAGAAGAGUUUGGUCAUUCCAGAAGACGAUUACGGCGUUGAAGUCUUGACCAGCUUGGAACUUGUUGACGCGCAGACACCAGCGUGGGCCACCUUUUCCAUCAGCUCCGUGGGCAGAGAAAGCGAAGAGUGGAUGGAACACUGCACUGGUAGAAUCAAGGUCGCUCUUGAGGGCUCAGAUGACUCCGUGGAGAAGACUGCUGUUGCGCCCUCCACCCCAAGGGCUCUUGAUGGGCGGGUUUGGUAUGAGAAGUUUGCCGAAAUUGGUCUCGGUUACGGAGAGACCUUUCAUCCAAUCUCUCAUAUCCGCAGUGAUCCCACAUCCAACGUCGCAGUGGCAACCCUCAACUUGCGGUCCACAGCCGGGCUUAUCAAGGGUGGGGAGUCGGCCUAUCCCUUGCACCCUGCUUCCCUUGAUGGUGCCAUUCAGUUGGGUCUGAUCGCCUGCCACGCCGGCCGUUCUGAGGACGCCACCACGGCAUUCGUGCCGGUCCAGCUUCCCCGGCUCUAUCUGUCGAACAAUAUCAAUGACUUGGCCGGAGACAAGUGCACCGUCGUGGCCCAUGGCGAAAAGCGUGGUAUUCGUGGUGCUCAUCUUGACUUGCAGUUGCUCGGGCCUAAUGGUGAAGUGAUGCUUGAUGCCGAGGGUCUUCGGUGCAUCAGCUAUUCCAGUGCAGCCAAGACCACCGAGGACAGAACCUUUAGCAGCCCCUUCACUCGGCUGGUAUGGAGGCCUGACAUCCGCACUCUGCGCAAUGGUCGCGCUCGCGAGAUGUACCCUCCCCCAAGGGAUAACGUCAAGAAGGCACCAUCGUGGGGUAUCACCAACAAACUAGCCCACUUUGUCGUUUACAGCAUGUACAUGAUGUACGGCACGCUCCCUGAGGAUGACAUGCCUAAGCCCUCAGGGGAUGUUGGUCAUUUCUUCGACUGGAUCAAGCGAAAGGGACAAAACGACAACUCUGAACUCAUGCAAGAAGCUCGGGAAUAUGCUAAGCAAGGUCUUCUUCUCAACAAGAUCGAUGAGCUUGUCAGCGAGGCCCCGGAUGUCAUUGAAGUUCAGGCUGCCAAGUUGCUCCAUGACAGCAUGGCCGACAUUCUCUUUGAGCGCAGGACUGGUAUUGAUGUGCUCAUCAGUGAAGGUCUCCUGACCCCAUUGUACAAGGAGGGUCUCCUCAUGACGGGUAUCUAUCCUCAACUUCACAAUGUUCUCGCUGGUGUUGCUCAUAGCAACAGCCAUCUGCGUGUUUUGGAGAUUGGUGGAGGUACAGGUGGCGCCACCCGGAUUGCCAUGAAGGCCUUCAAUGGACCGAAUGGUAUCAAGUCUUACAAGGACUACACCUUCACCGACAUCUCGGCCGGAUUCUUGUCCGGAGCCCGCGAAUCCAUGGCCGACUUGCGGGAUGUCAACUUUUCCGUGUUUGACAUUGAGGUUGACCCUGUUGAGCAAGGAUAUGUUGAGAAGAGUUAUGAUCUUAUCAUCGCCUGUCAGGUGCUUCACGCCACCUCCAACAUGAAGAGGACUUUGACCAACUGCCGAAGGCUUCUCAAGCCUGGCGGACAACUCGUUCUUGUUGAGACGACGGAGAACUUUAUCGUUCCAGGUGUGGUGGUCGGUACCUUUACGGGCUACUGGAGCGGUAUCCCUGACGGUCGAGUGGAUGCGCCUUUCCAAAGCCUUGCAUCUUGGGACCGGACUCUCAAAGAAGCUGGGUUUCAGGGGCUAGAUGUUGUCUUGGACGACUUCCCCGAGCCUCACAACACAACGUCCGUCAUUCUCUCUACUGUACCACCAGAGGAGUUUCCUGUCUCUGGAGAGGGCACUGUUCAUGUUCUUCAUUCGGGCAGCGAGGCACCUGCACUUCUUCAACACCUUGCUCAGGAGUUCCAAGGCCGCGGCAUUACUGUCAAGCCCGGCACCUUUGACUGCAUAGGCGAGCUUCCCUCAGAGUCUCGUGUGGUGGCCCUCUUCGACGAUGGGCAUCUCCUUCUCAACGCAAGCGAGGAGGACUUCAGCAGGUUUCAGCAACUGGUCAGGCAGUCGUCAAGUCUGGUGGCGAUCACGAGCUCUGGAGUAGCCAAGGGGCUGAAUCCAGAUGCUGCUGUCAUUCCGGGACUGCUCCGUGUGCUCCAGAACGAAAAUCCCGGGGCUCAGUACAUGUCUGUUGACAUUGCGACCGACAAUUUCACCAUCGAAGCGGCAGAGGACCAGCAACACUUUGCCAAGUGCAUCGCCGACUAUGAGUCUGAGCUUUAUGGCGCUACUCGGUCUCCGCCGCUGGACGACAUUGAAGGCAACCCCAAGGAUCGUGAGCUUUCCUGGCAAGACGGUUACUUUUCCGUCAGCCGUCAUGUCCCUGAUACAGGGUUCCACUCCCAGCAUGGCCUGGAUAGCAGGAAGUUCAAACCUGAUACCAUGCCUCUGGGCAGCCAGGGUGCGGUGAAGGCGACAUUUGAGACUCCUGGUGUGAUCAACUCAUUGUGCUUCGAGCCAUACAAGGAGAUUCUUCAGCCUCUCCCAGCUGGCUUCAUUGAUGUUGCUGUUGCAGCUGUCGGUCUCAAUGCUCGAGACCUCGACACUUGGACGGGUCGUUUGGACAGCGAUCACUUUUCUUCAGAGUACUCGGGCGUCAUCACUGCAGUCGGUGCCAACGUUGACGGCCUGAACGUCGGCGAUCGUGUGUGUGGUUUGGGCAAAGGCCAGUUCGGAACUGCCACCCGCGUACCGGCUGCCUUUGCAAGCAAGGUUGAAGAUGGAGAUGAUCUCAUUCAGAUGGCGUCCUUGCCGCUGUCUUCUGUGACAGCGGUCUAUGUGCUGGAUCACGUUGCUCAUAUUCGCAAAGGCCGGUCGAUUUUGGUUCAGUCUGGUGCAAAAGAUGUCGGACUUGCACUCAUCUCUCUUGCCAAUGCUAAGGGCGCUCAUGUCUUCGCUACUGCAGAGACCAAAGAAGAAGCCAGGUUCAUUGUUGAGAAAUGCGGCUUGCUCGAGUCUCAUGUCUUGGUUGGAGCCACAAGCCUGGCUGCUCUUCAACAUGCGGCUCAGCUGACAGCUAGAGGAAAGUUCGACGUCAUUGUCAGCACUGCAUCGAGAGGCCAUUACCUGGAUUCGUAUCUGCAGGUCUUGUCGUCAGUAGGUCAUUUGGUGGAGCUGGAUCCUCAGGCUGUCGACUCGACACAGUCUACCAGCAUCAAAGCUUCCUAUAGCUCAGUCGACAUCUUUUCUGCUGUCGAGUCGGACCCAGAGCUUUGCCAGGAGCUCAUGCAGGCUGCCAAUGAGUACUAUCGUCAAGGCAUCGUCACUCUUCCUCCCAAUGUGACGACCACCGAUAUCUCUCAACUCUCGACUGUCAUUGGCGGUUUCAACAACCUCAUUGGCAAGCUGGUGGUGAGAUUUGACAACCCAAGCAGUUGGGUGCGAAUGAUUCCCGCUGCACCAGCUGUCACAUUUGAUCCUGAUGCUGCCUACGUCAUCACUGGCGCUCUCGGAGGUCUUGGUCAGUCUCUUGUUCGCUGGAUGGGUGACAGAGGUGCCCGGCAUCUGGUUCUUCUUUCUCGUCGUGAUAUCUCGACUGUGCCUGAUGCUCAAAAACUGGUCAACACUCUCGCCAAGCGCGACAUCCACGUCGAGUCUUUUGUGUGCGAUGUGAGCAGCAAGGAGCAGGUCGACACUGUGAUUCAACAAAUCUCGGCUGAACGUCCCAUCAAAGGUGUUGUUCACGCGGCGGUCUCCUAUCUGGACCUCACCUUUGACAAACUCUCGGCAUCAAGAUGGAAUGACGGUCUCUCAGCCAAGGUCCAAGGAACCAAGAAUCUCCAUGAGGCCACCUUGCCCAUGCCGCUCGACUUCUUCGUCAUGACCACCUCGGCCUUGUCUGUUUUUGCGUUUGCCACACAGGGUGCCUAUACCGCUGCCAACAACUUCCAAGAUGCAUUUGCUCGGUAUCGACGCAACCUCGGUCUCCCUGCCUCGACGGCCUCUUUCAGUUUGAUCAAAGAGGUCACAGAAGUCGGCACCAGCGACCUCACGGUAGACCUCUUUGAGCGCAACAAGACCCUCACCUUGACAGAGUCGCAGUUCCUGACCAUGUUUGAGCCAGCAUUCCUCAACAACACGACACACACAACUGCUGGAGCGGCGGCCUGGUCUGGUAAGGACGAUGAUCCGUUGUCGGCAGCCAAUGUGCACACCUACCUGGACCCAGCAGCCUUGAUGACCAAGAAGCGACAAGACACCUCAUCCUCCCAGGCAACACCAAAGUGGUACACCGAUGCCCGCAUCUCCCUCAUGAUGCGCGCCUUCCUUGAUGCCCAACAUCACGAGUCAGCCAGCUCCGGCGCGGCUCUUGAUACAGAAGGAUCAAAGAACACGCCUGCCUCAAUUAGAAGGAACUUUGAGGCGGCGGUUGCGGGCGGUGACAAGGCUUCCACAGUGGAGUUUGUAGAGGAUGCGAUUACUCGCGUGGUGGCGGACAUGUUGUUUGUUGAUGUGGAGGGUAUUGACCCGGCCAAGUCGGUGGCGGACUUGGGAGUGGAUAGUCUGAUUGCGGCGGAGUUGAGGAACUGGUUUUUGCAGGCGUUGGGGACCAGUAUUAGUAUGCUUGAUUUGUUGGAUCCGAGUGUGAGCAUUAGUUCGAGGGCGGAGGGGAUUACUGAGAAGGCGAUUGAGGUGAAGGGGUGAAGGGGAUGAGUUUGGGGAUGGCGUUUUGGGGUGAUACAGGGUUGGGGCGUUUGGUCUGCGAUUUACCUUGAGGCGUUAAUCCUUUUAGCAUGAUUGAAUGAUUAGAUUGAUACAUGUUUUCACCAGGUGCUUGAUUCUUCUAUGCCACACACCUAGG